GUUUUGCCGUUGUCAAAUUCCGCUGUUUUGACACCGACAGGUGUCGACUCUGAGUGUAUCUGCCUUGCUGUGUGUGAUUCUCGCUUGUCUCGCUCUGCGGGACACUUGGCGUUGGCGUAUGCGUCGAUAGUCGAUAUCAUCACUUUUGAUAAGAUGGAGCCUCCGGACUUCAAAGCUACGAACUUGACCGUGGAGCCCGAACAGCGCGCAUACCCGUUAUGUGACAAAUGGAGAGACGGCUCCGAGAGUUCGGUGUUCCAGCUCGCCAACAUCUUCCUUCUCCUCGGCUUCAUGGGUGGCAGCGAUGUUUUCGGACGCUUCUACAUGUUCACCUUCUUGACUCUGGGCUUCUUCUGCGCCACUCUCUGGGCUUGGACGGACUCGUGCACCAUCGACGCGUUCCUGUGGUGUUUGGCGCUGUUCGCUGUGUGCCUGGGCAAGUUUCUCCGUGCUGCCGGCAGAAUCAGGAGCGUCUCAUUCCAAAGGGACUUCCAGGAGCUUUAUAUGUGCAUGUUUAAGAAGAUCGGAGUUUCACGCUCACAAUUUGGGAAAAUCGUUUCCUGCUGUGACAGAAAUAUCCACACCAUAGAGAAGGAUCACUUCUUCGCCAUAGAAGGAAAGACAUCCAUCGAUAAAUUAUCCUUGCUCAUGUCCGGCAGAAUCCGAGUGACUGUUAAUGGCGAGUUUCUGCACUACAUCUACCCAUUCCAGUUUCUGGAUUCACCAGAAUGGGACUCUCUCAGACCAUCAGAAGAGGGUGUAUUCCAGGUCACCCUAUCAGCUGAUAACCCGUGUACAUAUGUGUCAUGGAGGAGGAAGAAGCUCUAUCUUCUUUUUGCUAAACACCGCUACAUAGCCAGGAUCUUUGCUCUGGUUGUUCGGAAUGACAUUGCAGAGAAGCUGUACUCACUGAACGACAGCGCAUUCAACUGCUCCGGACAUCGCUAUGAUCUGCGCUUACCAAGUUACUGUCACAUGCCAGGGACCGAAUUAGAAGUCCCAAUGAAAGUUCCAGUGCAGGUUGAAAUGUCUGCUUGACCACACAAACCCUCAUGCAGGCCAGACAGUUUCCUCAUUGAGAAUAGGAAGAGGUAAUUGUCUGCUUCAACCAUCUUGUUUUCAUCCAUUAUCUUAAUUUUAAAUAAAUAACUCUGAAUGUAGAGUAGGCAACAUAAUGUCUCACAUAAUGGGAUCAAAAUGGGAUUUAUCACUUCAGUGCUAAUGCUAGCAGUCUUGGAGAUCUAGGUUCGCUCAUUUUUUCAAGCGAGUGUACCAUCGCAUUUUUUUUUUUGAGCUGUGGUUUUAAGGUGAAUAUUUGUUUUUUUGAUGAGAAGUCUCGACAUGACCACAGUUAUUCAUUACGCGGCAGUAUUUACCUGAAAGAAGUCUUUGAACAGCAUGAGUGUUUUUGUUCAUGAAUUUUUGGGUUCAUCAAUACAAAUCAGAUACUUACAAACAGAAGAAACUUUGUGCACUUCUCAUCAUUUUUGUACUUGCCGGUAAUGGUAACCUUUGCCAAUAAUUACCUUUGUUUAUGUGUUGUUUUAACAUUAUGUGAAAACAACACCACCAAAACAUAGAAACCGAUCCAUACUGUGAGUGAGCUUACUUGACUGCUUUUGUUCAUUCUAUUUCAAUGUGAUAAACUAAUGAUUAUUUUGAGUAUGUGCUCGAUGGUUGUUUUUAACAUUGAAAAGAAAAGCUUACAAAGUGAUGUCAGAUGUGCUUCAAGUCCUUUGGUUAGAUUUGGUAAAAAUGUCCAAAGCCCAUGUUAUAUGAGCCUGUUACAAUAUGGUGAGAGAACUAUGCGAAAUCAAUACAAAGUGCA